GUACCUCUGAUGUCCCUGUAGGAUAAGUGAGUAGAGACGCCAUGUCCCGCGUGGUGAAGAAGAGGCAGGCCGACCCCAGGGUGGUCCAGCACAUCUGGGCUGCCAUCGAGGUCAUACGCAACCAGAAGCAGAUCGCCAACAUGGAUCGGAUAUCUAAGUACCUGAGCCGCGUGUUCGGGGUGCACCCCAAGGAAACGGCACGGCAGCUGGGUCUGGCAGUGAAAGACGGCCUGGUGGUGGAGACCCUCACCGUGGGCUGCAAGGGCUCCAAGGCCGGCAUCGAGCAGGAGGGCUACUGGCUGCCUGCUGAGGACACGGACUGGGAGCCAGAGAGCCAUGACGGCUACUGCUUUGAGUGCCACCUGCCGGGGGACGUGCUGGAGUGUGAGAGCUGCUACCGCGUCUUCCACCUGCGCUGCCUGGCUGAGGACAGCCGGCCCCGGGACGGGGCGCCGCACUGGCAGUGCGCGGCGUGCAAGGGGAGCAAAAAGAAGAACGUGAGCAAACAGGAUUUGAGCAGGUACCUGCGGUUCAUCGUGCAGCGGAUGAAGGAGCGGGCUUUGGACCUGAGCAAGAAGGGCAAGGACACCACACACCCCAUGUACCGGAGGCUGAUCCACACUCCACUGGAGGUCUGCAAAAUACAGGAGUACGUUGCCGAGGGGAAGUACAGGAGCUUUGAGGAGUUCAAGGCUGACGUUCAGCUGGUGGUGCACAACACGGCCAUCCUGUAUGGAGUGCACAGUGAACAGGCUGAAAUCGCCAGGCUGCUGUACACCGACACUUGUCACGAGCUGAAUGAGCUGCAUCUCUGCCGGACCUGCUUCUACCUGUCCAAUGACAGGCCACACAACUGGUUCUGCUACCCUUGUAAUCCCAGUCACGAGCUGGUCUGGGCCCGCAUGAAGGGUUUCGGGUUCUGGCCCGCCAAGAUCCUGCAGCGUGAGGACAAUCAGGUGGAUGUGCGUUUCUUUGGACACCAGCACCAGAGGGCGUGGAUCUCCGCAGACAACAUCCAGGAGAUCUCAGUGAGCGUACAGCAGCUGCAGGUGAAGCGCAGCGCAGGCUGGAGGAAGGCCUGCGAGGAGCUGGAGCUGUACCAGCGCUUCCUGCAGGAGGGCCGUGUGUGGAGGGAGCGCGAGAGGGACAGGGAGAGGGAAAGGGAGAGGGAGGAAGACAAGGAGGAGCAUGCCGAGGAGGAGCCCGAGGCUGGCAUCUCAUCCACCAGCAGCGAGCAGCUCAAGGUGAACCAGGAACCCAAAGCAAAGAAACAGCGUUGCAGCCAAAACUCAGACUUGAAAGAGGAGCAGCUGGAGCCAGAGAUGGAGGCCGUCAGCUCCAGCCAGGAGAUCCCCACGUCGCCCCACCAACUGGAGAAGUUCUCGGUGUCCACGCAGACCCGGAAGGCCAGUGCGGUGUCGCCAAGGACACUGCAUCGCGGCACCCAAACCGGCGCCGAUAGCGACAGCAGUGGCUGCCAGAACCGCUGCCACGAGAAGUACACCAAGAUCUUCAACGAAGUCAAGGAGAUGAUGAAGGCGGAGAACAAGCGUGAGACAGAGCGGGUAGUGCGGGAGGCACUGGAGAAGCUGCGUGCCGAGAUGGAGGAGGAGAAGCGGCAGGCGGUGGCCAAGGCGGCAUCUGGUGCCCAGGCUGAGAUGGAGCGCCGCUGCAAGCAGGUGAAGGAGAAGUGCAAGGAGGAGCUGGUGGAGGAGGUGAAGAAGAUGGUGGCCCAGCACAAGCAGCUCAUCUCGCAGACCAAGAAGAAGCAGUGGUGUUACAACUGCGAGGAGGAGGCCAUGUACCACUGCUGCUGGAACACCUCCUACUGCUCCAUCAAGUGCCAGCAGGAGCACUGGCACGCGGACCACAAGCGGACCUGCCGGCGGAAGCGGAAGAAAAAUCACCAUUUUGCACAGCUGAGGACUUCCCCAGUCACCUUUUUAUUUCCUGAUUGUUUAACAUGUAUGUAUGAUGUUUUUACCAUGGUAAGUCUGUUAAGAUCAGUGUUUUGUUUAACUAUAUUACCUAAUGUGCUGUCUGUCUGUAGCUGUAGGUGAACUUUAUCACGUUUUCCUGUCUGGAUUUUAAAAAAAUGGACACAGACGGACUUGUAACACUACACAAAACGUUUUAAUUGUUAAAAUUUUUAAUCUUUGUUGGGAUGCUGCUGACUGAGGACCCCCAACCCCCCCAAAGAAGACUGUGACUAUGUACAACCACAUUUGGUACACGUUUCUGUGCCCCCGCCCCCCCAUUCCGCGGAAGCUUCUGGAAAUGCCAAACGCUGCCAUGGAUGUGCCUGCAGGGUGGCAGGUGGGCAGGCUGGCCAGUGAUGUGUGACUGCGGGGGCUUACAGGGCUGCUGCCCGGGGGGGUGGGGGGGGCAAUGUCAGAAACCAGGCAGCUAAUCGCUGCUGAGAAUGUCACCGGAAUAGAGAGCAGUGUCUGUUUCAUUAUAUUUGAGUACAUUGUACAUACGCUACAUGCUUGUUUCCUCUGAUCGCCAGCUGUGGGGUUUUUAAAAGCACAUCUCUCACGCUGGAUCAUGUGCGUCCCGCCACGGCCGCUGGGCAUGUAGAAGGGAGGGGGGGAGGACCCCCCUGGGCCUUCACAGACCAUACAGCCUCUCCAAUGAAGACAGACGGAACCAGAAACAGCUGCAGCUCAGACCUGCCCUGCCCCGCCCCGCCACUCCCAGGCCUCGCGGUACAUGUCAGACGGAGGUGUGUGUGUGUGUGUGUGUGUUCCCCGCCCUGACAUUUAUAAUAUGCACCUCCCAAGAUCAUUUUAGAUGUUUAUUUUUGGUUCCUUGAGUAGCUUCUUUGAUUAGUAGACGCAUCCCUAGUCAGACGAUGGUGUUGGGUAGCUGCGCGUGGACCCGGAACCAUCCCCCCCGGAGCCAUGACGCCCCCUGCUGUUCACGUACAGUGCUUCUGCUGGAUUUGCGGUAUGUGAUGGUAGCUGUGUGUGCUGACAUGCAUCAAUAAACGCGCCUCAUGACCACGGAGUGUUGAGCACCCCCUGUCCGUUCGUGUGGCAUCCUGCUUUUUUUAAUUAUCGCUGCUGUUACUUUUUUGCUCGGGGGGGUGAGAUGCCAUUUUUGUCAUGUAGAAAGGUUUGAAUCUGGCACGAAGACUUUAUUAAAGAGCAUUUGGGGAAAAUGUACUUAGUUAAAAUUUCAGCAGGUGGAAAAACAAAUAAGCAUCAGGGAUGGCCAACAGGUUAAGCAGUUAAUCUCCAGGUUGAAGCUUGAGGCAACUGUAAGGGCACCCUGCUACACUGCAAUGGGUAUCCUGCUACAUGACAAAGGGUACACUGCAAGGGAGACCCUGAUACACUGCAAGGGGCACCCUGCCGCACUGCAAGUGAGACCCUGCUACACAGCAAAGGGAGACCCUGAUACAUGGAAAAGGGAGACACUGCUACACGGCAAAGGGCAUCUUGCUACAGUGCAAAGGGAGACCAUGCUACACGGCAAAUGGAAUCCUGCUACAUGAAAAAGGAGAUCCUGAUACACUGCAAGGGAGACCCUGCUACACAGCAAAGGGAGGCCCUGCUACAUGACAAAGGAGAUCCUGAUACACUGCAAGGGAGACCCUGAUAUAUGGAAAAGGGAGACACUGCUACAUGACAAAGGGCAUCCUGCUACACUGCAUAGGGGACCCUGCUACUGUACAUGGCAACGGAAAUCCUGCUACAUGACAAAGGAGAUCUUGAUACAUAGCAAAGGGAGGCCCUGCUACACAGCAAAGGGAGGCCCUGCUACAUGACAAAGGAGAUCCUAAUACACUGCAAGGGAGGCCCUGCUACACAGCAAAGGGAGGCCCUGCUACAUGACAAAGGAGAUCCUGAUACACUGCAAGGGAGACCCUGCUACACAGCAAAGGGAGGCCCUGCUACAUGACAAAGGAGAUCCUGAUAUAUGGCAAAAGGCAUCUUGCUACACCGCAAAGGGGACCCUGCAAGGAGGACCCUGCUACACUGCAAGUGAGACCCUGCUAUACAGCAAGAAGGACCCUUCUACAUGGCAAGGGGGACCCUGUUACACUGCAAACGAAUACCUGCAUCGAUGGAGGCUUUUUUAAAUAGAAACUGACUGUAAAUUAAACCAUAAAAAAAUGUAAGACCUUUUUUAUGCUGGAGCCUCGAUACUUCAGGAAAAUUGGGUUUUACUUACGCCCUUUCGUUCAUUGUAAACUUUUGUUACUGAACAGGAAUGCUGCCUCCACAGCCUGCAUGGACCACUUGAUCUUUGGUUGGUUUGCAGUACAGUGGCCCCCUAUUAAAAUGAGAAUCACACACGUUGACCACUGAUUAUUAUUAUUAUUAUUUUUUUUAUUUUUUAUUUACAGAGUACUGUUCUGUCAUUUGUGUCAGAGCUCCUCCAGACACUGGGGGGCAGCACACGCAGCCCAUUUGUCUUCCUGACAAAUGGGCUGCUAAUGUCCUGCUCCCCAUUCCUCACCUGUGCCGACCCUCCAUUCUUAUGGGUCAGUCCUUGUUGGUUGUUCCGUUUUUGAGAAAAACAAUUCUAUACAUUCCAUCAUUGUUUGUGGUACAUGCCGCCCCCCCCCCACUUGUCCUGCCUAUCCAUGCACUUUAUGUGUAAAUGUAGCACCGCAGUCCAGGGGACUUUACUUCCUGUCACUGUGUGCAGUGUAAUGCAUAUGGUUGGUGUGACAAUAAAGCGCCACUUGCCUUGACUUGAA